AUGGCCGUGCGUUUCCUCGUACUACUGUCGCUCCUCGUCCUGGCCUCCUCCAGCUCGGGCUCCACCACCUCGCUCGCCACCAACGCCACCGCCGAUGGCGGCUCGCUGGAUAUUCUGGAUGCGGGGAGCGUCACCGAGUUCAGCUUCUCCAACUUCCACCCCGAGUACCGCGGCAAAAACCUGACGGUGGUCGGCGACGCCGACAUCACCAAGGGCGCGCUCCAGAUCACGCCGGACACGGGCAACGAGGCCGCCCACUUCCUCACCAACAAGUCCGGCCGCGUCCUCUACUACGCCCCGGUCAGGCUCUGGCGCCUCGAGAAGGGCGGCGGCAAGGGCAAUGCCAGCGCCGGCGGCAAGAAGGUCGCGUCGUUCCGCACCGUGUUCACCGUCAACGUCUUCCGCCCGUCGGGCGCGGACCCGGCGGAGGGGUUCGCGUUCCUCAUCGCGCCGUCCGCGGGCGAGCCGCCCGCCGGCAGCUACGGCGGGUUCCUCGGCCUCACCAACGCGACGACCGACGGCAGCGCCGCCAACCAGGUCGUCGCCGUCGAGCUCGACACCGAGAAGCAGCCCUACGACCCGGACGACAACCACGUCGGCCUCAACGUCAACAGCGUCGUCUCCGUCGCCAACGCCUCGCUCACGCCCCGCGGCAUCGAGAUCUCGCCGGUCAAGACCGCCAAGUACAACGUCUGGAUCGACUACAACGGCAGCGCCCGCCACAUCACGGUGUACAUGGCCGACUUCGAGGCGGCCAAGCCCGCGUCUCCGGUGCUCGCCGCGCCGCUGGACCUCGGGGCCACCGUGGCCGAGAGGUCCUACCUCGGGUUCGCCGCGUCGACGGGCACCAAGUACCAGCUCAACUGCGUCCUAGCGUGGAACAUGACGGUGGAGAAGCUGGACGAGCCGAGCAACAACAGGGGCCUCAUUCUGGGGCUCGCCGUCGGGGUGCCCGUCGGGGUGCUCGCGCUGGGCGCCGCCGCCGCAUUGGGGUACUACGUGUGCGUGGUGAGGCGGCGGAAGCUGGGCCGCGACCAGGGGAGCGCCAUCACCGGGACGAUGAUCCGGAGCCUCGCCGGCGGGCCGCGGGAGUUCGACUACCGGGAGCUGCGGAGGGCGACCAACAACUUCGACGAGCGGAUGAAGCUGGGGCAGGGCGGGUACGGGGUGGUGUACCGCGGCACGGUGGCCGACGACCACAGCAACCCGGCCGCCGCGGGGACCGCGGUGGAGGUGGCGGUGAAGAAGUUCUCGCGGGCGAGCACGCAGGGGCAGAACGACUUCCUCGCCGAGCUCAGCAUCAUCAACCGCCUCCGCCACAAGCACCUCGUCCGCCUCGUCGGGUGGAGCCACGACAACGGCGAGCUGCUGCUGGUGUACGAGUACAUGUCCAACGGCAGCCUGGACCAGCACCUGGUCAGCUCGGCGCCGGGGUCGCGGCCGGGGCAGCCGCUGGGGUGGGAGCUCCGGUACGGCAUCGUCCAGGGCGUGGCGUCGGCGCUGCACUACCUGCACGACCAGUUCGACCAGCGGGUGGUGCACCGCGACCUCAAGGCCUCCAACAUCAUGCUCGACGCCGCCUUCACCGCGCGCCUCGGCGACUUCGGCCUCGCCCGCGCCAUCGAGACGGACAAGACCUCCUACACGGAGGAGGCCGGCGGCGGCGUGCACGGCACCGUCGGCUACAUCGCCCCCGAGUGCUUCCACACCGAGAAGGCCACCCGCGAGUCCGACGUCUACGCCUUCGGCGCCGUCAUCCUCGAGGUCGUCUGCGGCCGCCGCCCGCGCUGCGACAUCGACGGCUUCCACUUCCUGGUCGACUGGGUGUGGCGCCUCCACCGCGACGGCCGCGCGCUCGACGCCGUCGACCCCGGCCUCGACGGCGCCUUCGACGAGGACGACGCCGAGCGCCUGCUCAUGCUGGGCCUGGCCUGCAGCCACCCGACGCCCGCCGAGCGGCCCAAGGCGCAGGCCAUCUCGCAGAUCCUGCUGCGCUCCAUGCCGACGCCGGCCGUGCCGCCGUUCAAGCCGUCGUUCGUGUGGCCGGCGACGGACGGAGGAUUCGACACCAUGUCCACGACGGCGGGAUCGACGUCGAGCACGGUCGUGACGUCCACGUCCACGUGGAGCGGCAACUUCGCGAGGGGCAGCCAGAACCACGCGCCGGCGCCGGAGCAGGACACCUCCGGUUCACUGGUUUGA